AUGCGGGCCCUUCUCCACCUCCCAGCCCUUUCAGCUUCCCUGACCUUGCUCCAGGCUGCGGUGUUGGCCACAAAUGCACAGACCACCACGACUGCUGUCAUCUCUGAUGCUGUGAGGCAGGUCAAGAUCCAAGUCAACAAGGCCUUCCUGGAAUCCCGGACCAGGCUGAAGACAGCCAUGAGCUCGGAGGAGCCCACCUCUCGGCAGCUCUCCCAGUACCUCAAGCAUGCCAAAGGCCGGGCGCGCACAGCCAUCCGCAACGGGCAGGUGUGGGAGGCGUCCUUAAAGAGACUGAGGCAGCAAGUGGCCGUGACCAAUGCCACAGACCCCAGUCUGGACUUGACUGCACUGUCUAGGGAGGUGGGCUGUGAUGCCCCUGUCCCCGCGGUGAAAUGUGACAAGGACAGUCCCUACCGAACCAUUACAGGAGACUGUAAUAACAGGAGGAACCCCGCGCUGGGCGCCGCCAACAGGGCGCUGGCGCGCUGGCUGCCCGCCGAGUACGAGGACGGGCUCUCCCUGCCCUUCGGGUGGACGCCUGGCAGGACGCGGAACGGCUUCCCCCUCCCGCUGGCCCGCGAGGUAUCCAACCAGAUUGCAGACUACAUGAAUGAGGAGGGUGUUCUGGACGCAAACAGGUCCUUGCUCUUCAUGCAGUGGGGUCAAAUUGUGGACCAUGACCUGGACUUUGCCCCCGACACCGAGCUGGGGAGCAGCGAGUACUCCAAAGCACAGUGUGACAAGUACUGUAUCCAGGAAGACAACUGCUUCCCCAUCAUGUUCCCUCCCAAUGACCCCAAGGUGAGGACUCAAGGCAAGUGCAUGCCUUUCUUCCGAGCUGGAUUCGUCUGCCCCACUUCACCUUGCCAGUCCCUGGCUCGAGAUCAGAUCAACGCCUUGACCUCCUUCCUCGAUGCCAGCUUGGUAUACGGCCCCGAGCCCAGCCUGGCCAGCCGCCUUCGCAACCUCAGCAGCCCGCUGGGCCUCAUGGCUGUAAACCAGGAGGCCUAUGACCAUGGGCUGGCUCACCUGCCCUUUGACAUCAAGAAGCCAAGCCCCUGUGAGUUCAUCAACACCACCGCCCGAGUGCCCUGCUUCCUGGCAGGAGAUUCCCGAGCCUCGGAGCAGAUUUUGCUGGCCACUUCCCACACCCUCUUUCUCCGAGAGCACAACCGGCUGGCCAAAGAGCUAAAGAGACUCAACCCUCAGUGGGAUGGAGAGAAGCUCUACCAGGAAGCCCGGAAGAUCCUGGGAGCCUUUGUGCAGAUUAUCACCUUUAGGGACUACCUACCCAUUGUGCUCGGUGAUGAGAUGCAGAAGUGGAUCCCUCCAUACCAAGGCUACAACAAAUCUGCCGACCCCCGAAUUUCUAAUGUCUUCACCUUUGCCUUCCGCUUUGGCCACUUGGAGGUCCCCUCCACUGUGUCCCGCCUAGACGAGAACUAUCAGCCAUGGGGUCCAGAGGCAGAGCUCCCCCUGCACACCCUCUUCUUCAACACCUGGAGGAUAGUCAAAGACGGUGGAAUUGACCCUCUGGUCAGGGGCCUGCUGGCCAAGAAGUCCAAGCUGCUGAAUCAGAAUAAAAUGAUGACCAGAGAACUGCGCAACAAGCUUUUCCAGCCCACUCACAAGAUCCACGGCUUUGACCUGGCUGCCAUCAACAUACAGCGCUGUCGGGACCAUGGGAUGCCUGGGUACAACUCCUGGAGAGGCUUCUGUGACCUCUCACAGCCCCAGACCCUGAAGGAGCUGAAUGCUGUGCUAAAGAACAAGAGGCUGGCUGAGAAGUUACUGGAUCUCUACGGGACCCCUGACAACAUCGACAUCUGGGUUGGGGGUGUCGCCGAGCCCCUGGUAGAGAGAGGCCGGGUGGGGUCUCUCUUGGCCUGCCUCCUGGGGAAGCAGUUCCGGCAGAUUCGUGAUGGAGACAGAUUCUGGUGGGAGAACCCCGGAGUCUUCACUGAGAAGCAGCGGGACUCUCUACAGAAAAUGUCUGUCUCGCGCCUCGUCUGUGACAACACCCACAUCACCAAGGUCCCACGGGACCCAUUCCAGGCCAACAGCUACCCCCAAGGCUUUGUGGAUUGCUCAGCAAUUGACAGUCUAGACCUUUCACCUUGGGCCUCAGUGGAGAAUUAG